AUGUCUGGUCGCGGUAAAGGUGGUAAAGGACUCGGAAAUGGAGGAGCCAAGCGUCAUCGCAAGGUUUUGCGUGACAACAUCCAGGGCAUUACUAAGCCCGCCAUCCGUCGUCUUGCACGCCGUGGUGGUGUGAAGCGUAUCUCUGGCCUCAUCCACGAGGAGACCCGUGGUGUCCUCAAGGUCUUCCUGGAGAACGUUAUCCGU